AUGGCGGGAGUCAAUCAUACAUCUGUUUCGAUGGCCGCUACCGAUGCGGCGCAGGGUCGCAAGCGCAAUGUCACCAUUGCGGGGAUGGACAGUUCUCCGGGGAGUAUUGAGGAUGCGGACGAUAAUGACGGACGUGAUGACAAGAGGCGGCAGCCUGUUAAGCGCGCCUGCAAUGAAUGCCGACAACAGAAGCUGCGAUGCGAUGUUGUCCAAGACCCAUGGGCCGAUUGCUCCAGAUGCCGUCGACUGAAGCUUGAUUGUAAGAUCGAGUCCAAUUUCAAGCGGGUUGGAAAGCGCAGUCGCAACGCCGAAAUGGAGCGUGAAAUUAUCGAACUAAGGAAACAAAUCGCCUCAACGAACUCUGGCACUGUAAUUCAUCCGCAACAACAACUUGUGGCGGGACAAUUGACGCCAAAGCAGGAAUCAAGCCAGGUCAGUCCUGCAGGUGUCUAUCAGACCCCCUCGGCCAUGUCAACGGAUCAUUUCAUGGGCUCCCAAGAAGCAGUGGCAUCCCUCCUGGACCUCCGCUCUGGAUUUGAUGGCUCUAAUUAUAUGCGAAAUGGUGGCCCGCAAUUCAAACGAAUUGAAGAUGUCAUGAUUGUGCCGGAAAAGGCGACCGAAUUAUUUAAUCUUUUCUUUACAUACUACCACCCUUUCCUCCCAUUUUUGAAUCAAGCUCAAACACCUGAAGAUUACUAUACUGCUGCACCUUUGCUCUUCUGGACUAUAAUCAGCGUUGGCGCGAGACGCUAUCAAAAUGAUUCAGGCCUACUGAACUCGCUUUCAGGGCCAGUGACCCGUCUGGUUUGGAGCACACUAGCAGAUAUCCCACAAAGCUACCAUGUUGUGAAGGCACUCUGUCUUCUUUGCACGUGGCCUUUCCCUACCAGCAGUACAUCUACCGAUCCGACGUUUAUGCUCUGUGGAAUGAUGGUUCAGGUUGCCAUGCAACUUGGUCUUCAUAGACCUUCGCAUAGCCAGGACUUCAGUAAAUUCCGUGUAGAGCUUAUUGAGGAGGAACUGAAGGAUAAAGUGCGAACCUGGGCUAUUUGCAACAUUGUUGCACAGCGGGUAUCCACUGGAUAUGGCCAGCCACCAUCUACGUUGUAUGACUGGACAUUAUCGUCAAGUGAUUCUCUGGAUCCGAAUUUCAAGCUCCCUGGAGACAUUCAACCCAGACUGGAAAUUGAGAAAUUCUGUGACAAGAUCACGAGAGCCCUUUACACCAACCGAAGGGACCCUGUUGGAUUAACCUCGGAUCAAGAAAGGUCAACUAUGAUUUCAUUCCUUUCGCGGGAUUUUGAUGAGCUCGAGGAACAGCUGAAGGCACAGAACGAUUGUAAGACCAUGAACCUUGGAUACUAUGUGGACCUUCUUAACAAUGAACUAGGUAUCACUGAUCUGUAUCUGCGCGCUUCAAACCUCCACCUGCAUCUUUCUGCAUUCUUUGAUGACCCAUCAGCCAAAGAUUACCGUCGGCGUUUGCUCUCUCUAUACGUUGCAACAACGACAUUCCUCGAGGUUGCGAUGAACCUCGAAACUGAAGUUGGGCCAGUCUUGUCAUAUACCCCCUACUAUGUUUACCAGAUGAUGGUUGCUGCGGGUUGCACUCUUCUGAAAUUGGGCAAGAGUUUCUUUUCCGCCCAUAUCGACAUGGAAUACACUAGAAAUCUCUUUAAUCGGACCAUUUGGGCUAUUCGUGGUGUGUCGGUAUCAAGUAACGACUUACCUGAACGUCUGGCCGAGGUGCUGGCGCAAAUGUGGAGACUCGGGGGCGCACCCCAACGUUCCACUGGAAACAACGCGGACGUCGAUGAUACUUUGAGGCUAAAGGUCCGCUGCCGAAUGAGUAUGUCUCUGCUUUUCGAUUCAGUAUGGCGCUGGCGAGAAGAUGCGCGAACAAAAGGACGGAAUAUUGAAGGUCUGUAUCAACCUCUAAUUUCCCAUGAAAUUGUCUUUUCUCACGAAUUUAUAGCCUAUCUCAAAAACCCAACCAAUCCAGACUCUGCUGCCGACUCAUCUGCUACCUCCUCUGUUGGCCCACCGCGCACGCAAUCCUCUACACCAGGCAUUGCAGGCGCCGAUCCAAGUCUCGCACCAGCACCAGUUCUCACGCAGGCCAGCAUGGGAGCUCAAGCACCAGGAAAUGGAGUUGCUGGGCUUCCCAGUGGGUUCAUGGAGCCAAAUUACGAGGUCUUUGACCCCCUGAACUGGCUACUUGAUGGCCUAGUAGACUUGCCGUAUUCAUACUCAACCAUGAGCGGCAUGGAGACCCAGGGCAUUGCAUAA